AUGGCCGACCACGACCAAAAGAUAGUGAAUAUUGAGGACAGCUCUGCUGGCCCAAGUGACCAUGGUGACGGGCCCCUUCUUGUGGCCGACUGGACUCACCAGGAGGAAGUAAAGGCCAAGCGCAAGUUGGAUCUCAUCAUCAUGCCCCUCCUGACCCUGGGCUUCUUUUGUCUACAGCUUGAUCGUGGCAACAUGGCAAACGCCAUUACCGAUAACUUCAUGGAAGACAUUGGCAUUACACAGAACCAGUUCAAUGUUGGGCAACAGAUGCUCUCACUUGGCAUUGUCCUCUUUGAGAUCCCUUCCAACAUGAUCUUGUAUCGUGUCGGACCCGGAAAAUGGCUCACCUUACAACUCUUUCUCUUUGGCACCGUCAGCACGUUCCAGGCCUUCCAGACAAACUAUGCCUCCUUUAUCAGCACUCGCUUGUUGCUGGGCAUCACCGAGUCCGGCUUCAUCCCAGGCGGGCUCUGGACUCUGUCGACCUGGUACACUCGACGGGAGACCGCCAAGAGAGUGAUGAUCUUCUACUUUGGCAAUCAAUUUGGUCAGGCUUCCGCAAAACUCCUUGCCUUUGGUAUUCUGCACAUGCGAGGCGUUGGAGGCAAGUCCGGUUGGUUCUGGCUAUUCGUCCUCAUGGGAGGUUUCACCGUCUUGUGUGGAUUUGUUCUUGGCUUCUGCCUGCCAGACUCGUUCAAAAACCCCCAUAGCACGUUUUUGCCUCGGGUCAAGAUCUUCUCAGAUCGUGAAAUUCAUAUCCUCAACACCCGUGUCUUGAUCGAUGACCCAAUGAAGGGAAAGAAAAAGAAGACCAUCGGUCGUCCGGCAUUCAAGAAGGCUCUUUCCAACUGGAGAAUGUGGGCUCACGUGUUCAUCACCAUGGCCAACAACGGACCUCAGCGCGCCUUCGAUACCUAUGCUCCUUCUAUUGUGACUUCUUUUGGCUUCGGCGCCUUGAGCUCCAAUGCCCUUGCCUCCGUCGGUCUGUUCUGCCAGAUCCCAGUCUCUUUUGCAUUCAGCUGGGUGUCAGAUCAUUAUAACAAACGAGGUGAAACUGUGAUUGCUGGCUUGAGCAUGCAUCUUCUUGGUUAUAUCUUCAACCGAAUCUUCACCGAGAUCAACAAUCGGGGUGUUCGAUAUUUUGGUGUCAUCUGGACUCAAAUCUUUGGAACCUUUUCCCAUCCUUUGAACAUUACCUGGAUGUCACUUACCUGCACGGAUUCGGAAGAACGAGCACUCGCAAUGGCCAUGGUCAUCAUGGGUGCCAAUAUUGCCGGUAUUUACGGAGCUCAGAUCUUCCGAUCGGACGAUCGUCCCAGAUACCGACGAGCGUUUAGCGUGGCCUGUGCCGUGUUGGCAUUUGGUCUUGCUCUUGCCAUUGUUCGAUACGUGGAUGACAUUAUCCGCCGUCGUCGCAACGCUCGCAAGCUUUCCGAAACCCCUGCCACCUCUGAAUACGCCACUAUUGAACAACUCGACCGUGAGAAGAACGCCAACGCCACUAACCUUCCACCUCCAAGUGACGAUCAACCAGGACCGCUUUUGAUCGGAGAUGAUCUCAAGCCUGUCGCGUCCCAGAAUCUGCGAACGAAGAUUUAG